AUGACAGUACUCCAGUCAUACGAGCUGUCCCACCAUGUCUCUGUGGUCGCAGUGAGGUCAUGGCGCUGUGACCACACGCAGGUCUCUAGUUCCCCCUGUUUAUUCCCCGUGCUGCGUGCAUUGAUCCGAUUCUAUGAAGUAGUCCAUUCCUUAAGAAAAGAGCUAAGUGAUCUACAGAAGAGAAAGGAAAGCCUCACAGAAGAACUGAGUCAGUACAAAUCCCAACUGAAGUGUCUGACAGAGAGCUAUGAAGACGAGAGGAGGAGUCGGUCAGAGCUUGAGGUUAGAUGUCAGCGUUUAACACUGGAACUGGCUGAUACCAAGCAGAUGAUUCAGCAAGGUGAUUACAGACAAGAGAACUAUGAUAAAGUAAAAUGUGAACGUGAUGUAUUCGAACAUGAAUUGUCAGAACUCAGAAGAAAAUAUGAAAUAUUAGAGGUGUCACACAAAGCACAAGCCAAGGAAAGAAAUGACUUAUCAAAAGAGCUGGCAACCAUACAACAAUCCCUCAACUUGUUGCAAAAAGAUAAAGAUUAUCUUAAUCGCCAGAACAUGGAGCUUAGUGUUCGCUGUGCACAUGAAGAAGAUCGUCUUGAAAGACUUCAGAUUCAGCUAGAGGAUGCCAAAAAGGCUAGGGAAGAAAUGUAUGAAAAAUAUGUUGCAUCCAGAGACCACUAUAAAACAGAAUAUGAAAAGAGACUGUAUGAAGAGUUGGAACAAAUAAGGCUGAAAACAAAUCAAGAAAUCGAGCAAUUAAGAAGCACUUCAAAAGAGAUGUAUGAACGUGAAAACAGAAAUUUGAGAGAAGCGAGAGAUAAUGCUGUUGCUGAAAAAGAAAGAGCAGUUCUUGCUGAAAAGGAUGCUUUAAGAAAAUAUGAUCAACUCUUAGAACAGUAA